UAGAGCAACAACAGGAGAAGAUAUCAUCGCCAAUUACAUCAAAAAAGACUAGAGUAAAAACUUUCGAGGGGCUCGCAGCGAAACAGCUUCUGAUGUUUUUUCACAGUGAUUUAAAUGAUGACAAGGUAGAGGUGCAGUUUUCACCGUUCAAAGGAAAGGAAAAGGUUACAUUGUCGUCCCCAAAUCCAACGCUAAUAGCCACUAAGAAACAACAACUAGAAAAAUUGAUAGAGAGUUUACAAUUUAAAGAUGUCAAUUUCACGAAUGGAACAUUAACUGAAAUUGAAGAAAUGGUAGAAACACAUUCUCUAAAAAUUGUGUUCAGUGAAGAUUCAGACAACAAGCUAAGAGUUUACUACAAAGAUCAGUCUGAAUUCCAAAAAUUUGAGAGCCUUUUGAAAGCUGAAGAAACUCCAGAUAUUACAUCUAGAGAAACAGAAGAAAAGAGAAGAAUCGACAGACGGGGUCGAACGUUUAGUGAAACCUUUUCUGAAGCAUCCCCGGCUUCCCCAUCUUCUGAUCAAGAGGACACUGAAAAGUAUAAAAGUAAGCUUCAUUGGAAAUCAAAAACCGAACCCUCAAAUGGUUCAGUUUCAAGUGCCGAGAAAAACACUUUUACUUCUUCCACUUCUUUAGGAGAAAAUAUUACAGUUAAAGACAGUUUCACGGUAAAAGGAAUUCAUGUUAAAGUAUAUCAGGGAUCAAUCAUCAAGGCAGAGGUAGAUGGUAUUGUCAAUGCAGCGAAUGAUCGUCUGAAUAAUUGUGGAGGAGUAGCUGAAGUCAUUUCAAAGGCUGCAGGGUAUGAAAUGGAAAGAGAAUGUAGAGAAAGAAUGGGCAAUUGGCAUAAGAUAAGGGUAUCUGAAAAUGUCGUGACCAAAGCCGGUAAAUUAAAGUGUCAGUGGAUAAUCCAUGCCGUUGGACCUCGUUGGGAUGGCUACACAAAUAAAGAAAAUGCCCUCAUGGAUCUUUAUAAAACAGUGGUUAAUAUUCUUAAAACUGCAUCUGAACAUGGAAUGAAAUCGGUUGUUAUGCCUCCCAUAAGUUCAGGAAUUUUUGGGGUCCCAAAAGAAGCCUGUGCCGCAAUGUAUGUAAAGGCAUUACUCGAUUUUGCGGAGAUUCCUAAGUAUGAAAAACGGCUUCAAGAAUUUUACUUUGUGGACAACAAAGACGAUAUACUGGGAUUAAUAAGCAGAGAAUAUCAAGAUGGCCUCAGUAAGGGAACAGUUUAUUUAGAACCAAGAAAAGUUAUCGAACGUCUGGGAAUAGCAUCAUGGAAUGUAAGGGGCCAAAAGCAAGGCAGUGGUACAGGCUCAACAACAACUGCCAAUAUAAAUAAUUAUUACUCCAGGGGUUCACAAGGGGAUUCAAGUGGUAAUGGAAAUAACCAGAAAGCGUCCGUGAAUAAUGUUCAAAAUCCCCCAAUUCCUUCUACAUGUGUAAAGUUCUUGAAAAAGGAUGCUAAAGGUAGUGAUGAGUAUCUUGUAGGAGAGAGUUUGAAAGUACAUAUUUAUCAGGGAAGCAUCAUUGAAGCGAUGAAUGUCAGUGUGCUUGUUUGUGCAGAAGGGCGUGAUCAACAUGGUCAAGGUUUUGUUGCCAAACAAAUCUUAGAAAAGGCUACGAAAAACCAAAAAAAGGAAAUUUCUAAACUCUUUAAACAAGCAAAACACCUUCAAUGGUCUCAGGUACUACCGUUGAAUAUCGGAUUUCUUCAUUAUAAAUCAGUUUUUUAUGCAAUAAUAAAGAAAUUUUCGAAUGAAAAACCACAGAGUGAGGGCUUAGAUAUGUUGUGGAGAACAACUUCAAAUAUCCUUGAAAAUGCAAAUAAGAAGAAAAGGAAAGCCCAACCAUUAUCAGUUGCCAUAUCUCUGCUCGGCACAGGCUCUAUUAAGAAUACAGAAUAUUUACAACAGUAUGCUGAUGUUGUGAGCAAUUGCAUUUUGGACUUUUCAAAACAAAUAAAAAUGGAUUCAAGGCUUCAAGAAAUACAUCUAGUGAACCAUAAUGCAUCUGCUACAGAGGCACUGAAAAGGGCAUUCGCUGCAAUGCAAGAAAAUAAACAGGACAAACCAAGAAGACGAUGGGCACCAAGUAAUGUUUCAGGUAACGACUUAAAACGAACACAGUUUGAUCCCAGUAAAUAUGAAUUUGAAGAAACAUGGAAUGCAAAGAAGAAAACAGAGGCUCGUUUAGAGGACUUCAUCGAGAUAUGCACCAAAACACGAAAACACAAACGUCAAGACACGAAAAAGCAGGUAAAUUCAAAUCAGACAAAGGAAAACAACCUUGCACAGGGAAAUAUUAAUCUGAUUAAUGAUUCCUCCGAUGACGAAGACGAUAAGCGAGCAGAAAAACAUCAAGCAGCUGCAGAAGAUACGAAAGAUGGCGAUUCCGAUUACGAUAACGUAGAGUCAGAUGAAAGCGAGAGAUUCACAUGCGUUGUUUGUAUGGAUGACGAAAUGGAAGAUCCAGUACUGCUCAAAAAGUGCCGCCAUAAAUUUUGUCGAGAGUGCAUUGAAGAAUAUUUUUCCAAAAAACCCACUUGUCCUGUCUGCAAUACAGUAUACGGUGAGGUAUUUGGGAACCAACCAGAUGGAAGUGCAAAAGUCUAUAAAGACAAGACAUCGUUACCUGGGUUUAAAUGUCCUACCAUCAUUAUUCAUUACGACAUCCCAAAUGGCGUCCAAUCAGAGGAACAUCCUAAUCCUGGUGUUGAUUUCACUGGAGUUUCCCGCCAAGGGUAUCUUCCUGAUAAUAAAGAAGGAAGAAAGAUCCUUGGGAUGCUGAAGCGUGCUUUUGAACAUCGUCUUAUUUUCACAGUUGGAUAUUCUAGAACUUCCGGAAAAGACAAUAUGGUCACGUGGAACGACAUCCAUCACAAAACCAGAAGAGAAGGAGGACCUGAAAGAUAUGGGUAUCCAGACCCCGAGUAUCUAGAAAGAGUAAAAGAUGAGCUAGAAGCAAAGGGAAUCACAGAGAAAUCAUUUUAAAUGGACAAACAACGUGAAAGAAGACAUUAUUUUGAACACCCACCUUCUUUUUUUUUUAAAUAAAAAUGAUUUUGUUAUUUUCAUUCUACCCAUUUAUUGCAUUGCAGAAUGAAUUGGAAUUGAUAUGUAGAUAAUUAAAUAUGACAAUUACUGAGGCAAUAUGUUACAAAUAACAGACUACCAAGAGUCAAUUUAACUUUUAAAGGAUUGCGUUUCUUCCAUGCUAUAUCCUCGAUUAGAUAUAUCGUAGUUUAGGUUAUUUAAGGAGAAGUCUGUAUAACUGUAUUUUUAAGUACAUACUAGUGCACAAAAAAUAUGAUUACAUAACAAUUAUACAGUCACAUUUAUCAGAUAACGUAGCUGUAUAGAUUGGAUAUUCUAGUAAAAAUAACUUUAAGCAUGCUCUAAAACAGAAGCUUUGUUUGACAUUAUCUAUUCCAAAGAUAUGUUCUCAAAACAAUGGUUUCUAUAGUUUACAUGUUUACUAAGACAAAAAUGGAAACUUUACUUACAUUUUUGAUCCCCUGCUCUGUUAAACAAAAGCAUUUAGGGGAUUUCUCAAAAGGGUUAAAGUAUAAAGAGUAGGAAUCGUAUUUAAAUUCAAAUGCAUUAAGUCAUAUUCAUACGCAGAGCAAUUCUACAAGAAUUUAUUAAGACGGGGGGACAAAGUUCUUUCUUUUGAAAUUCGUUAUGUUUCUUUAUUUAUCAAUAUAUGUAUGAUCCGCCUAUCCACUGCUGGAUUUAACAAUUUUUUUUUAUUCUUUACCGCCAAAAGUUUACAAAUCUCACUCUUUUGUUGAUUUAUUUUUUGAAUUAUAUUUAUUAUCAUCAUGUUGUUAAUUAUGUACUCAUAUUAUUAAAAUGUAUAAUCUCA